CUGCACACUACUUCCGGGUCGCGCUCGUCACACCGCUCCACAUCAUGGCGGCCUUCUUUGGUUCUACCGUCCUCCGCAGAGCGUGGCUGGGACCUUCCACCUUGUGCUGCAGGACACCGGGGGAUCCUGUCUCUGCUGCCGGGCUCCGGUUUGUGAGUAAUGCUGCUCCAGAAGAUAAUCGGUCGCCGAUAAUAGAGUCCACGGAGGAAUACAAGUACGUUGAGCGGCUCAUCCCCCCAUCACGGAUUCCCACUCCGCCUAAACACACCGGUCCUACCCCAUCGGGCUGGAUCCCUCCUGCGGAUUCACCGCCGCCUCUGCCCUACACGAUCCGCCGCUCCCGCAUGCACAACAUCCCGAUUUAUACCGACGUGACCAAUAGCAACCGGAAAUUAACGCUGAUACGGAAAGUGGAGGGCGACAUUUGGGCUCUAGAGAAGGACGUGAGGCAGUACCUACAGGAGGUGACGGGGAAAGAGCUACCUACACAGGUCAACGAGGUCACCAUGACCCUGAAGGUCAAAGGUCACUUCGAUAAGGAGUUGAAGGACUGGCUGGUCCGCAAAGGUUUUUGACUGGAAGAGCUUCCGUUGCUGGCAUCGACCUGCUGAAGGGACAGGGAGCCGUGGAGGAGGCGGCCUGUCAAAUGGAGCACACUUCAAAGCCUGGUUCAGUCCUUAUGGAAGCAUGACUGCUGACCUGUGCCAAGUUAAUGAACUCUUUGACAGCAGUGAGAUGUGAUGUGACCACUGAGUGUGAAAUGAUGCAGGCCAGUUUAAGUAAUUGUGAUUAAACAUAGAAGCAUAGCAACUGUCUGUUUAAUGUCAUCCAUGCUUUCUCCAAAAAAUGAUGUAAAAAAUCUCGACUCGCCAAUUGUAGAUUCUUCAGACUGAGACUGAGUGUGCAACAACAUUAAAAUGACCUGCUUUAACAGUGA